AUGUCUAACUAUCGGUCGCAAAUAAAUACGUACCAACAAGGACGACAACCGCAGACAUCAUCAUCGUCAUUUAGCUCGGAAGAAUUGCCAGGCCGUCGUCGGCCGUCAAAUUCAACACAAGGAGCAAGCAGUGGACCUAUUCAGGUUACAGGGCGGCAGCCGGUGGUAUUUGUAAUCUAUUAUUCGAUGUAUGGUCAUAUCGAACGCAUGGCGAUGGAAGUGUGCGCAGGUGUCGAGGCGGCUGGUUGUGAGUGUCGAAUGUUUCAGGUAGCUGAAACGUUGUCCUCUGACGUACUCAACAAAAUGCAUGCAGCUGAGAAGAACCGCCAGGUGCCCAUUAUCAAAGUUGAACAACUUGCUGAGGCAGAUGGUAUCAUUUUUGGCAUGCCGACACGCUUCGGCUCGGCGCCAGCACAGAUGCGUGCCCUAUUCGAUCAGUGUGGGGGCCAUUGGAGGUCAAACGCGCUUAUCGGGAAACCGGCAGGGAUUUUUUUCUCAACGGGCUCGCUAGGCGGUGGUCAGGAGACAACGGCGCUUACUACCGUUACAUUCUUUACCCAUCUUGGUAUGAUAUUUGUACCCCUUGGAUACAAAAACAAGAGUCUUCAGAAUCUUGACGAGGCGCAUGGUGGAUCACCGUACGGUUCUGGGACACUUGCUGGCGACGGAUCCAGACAACCGACGCGGCUUGAACUGCAACUUGCGCAAACUCAAGGCAAUGAAUUCGGAAAAGUUGUCAUAAAACUUACACGCUAA